CAGUGCCCAGUACAGAUCACAUCCAGCAGAAUGGACAGUGGCUGAAGCCUGGGCACAGACUGGACCCAUCACGAUCACCAAAAGCUGCUCACAGACUUCAUAAAACAAAAUCUGACAUUACAGGCAUGGUGCGGUCAGCAGAUGUGAUCUCCGUUAACAAGGCAGAAAUGCUGCCUAUCUCUAAAUUUGGAUUACGGGAUAAUUUAAUUAAGUCAGAACUCCUGAGAAAGAACAUACGUACACCUACAUCCAAGAGUUCCGGUUUUUUGCAGGCACAUACAAUGUGAAUGGACAGUCACCAAAAGAAAAUUUGCAACCAUGGCUAAGUACAGAUGUUGAACCACCUGAUGUAUACUGUAUUGGGUUUCAAGAACUUGACUUAAGCAAGGAAGCAUUUUUUUUCAAUGACACUCCCAAGGAAGAAGAAUGGUUCAAAGCAGUAUCUGAAGCAUUACACCCAGGAGCCAAAUAUGCAAAGAUCAAGCUGAUAAGGCUUGUGGGAAUUAUGCUGCUGCUGUACAUUAAGAAGGAGUUAGCUGUUCACAUCUCAGAGGUAGAGGCAGAAACUGUAGGCACAGGAAUCAUGGGUAGGAUGGGUAACAAGGGAGGUGUAGCUGUUCGGUUCAGAUUUCAUAACACUCACAUUUGUGUUAUAAAUUCUCACUUGGCUGCCCAUGUUGAUGAGUAUGAAAGGAGGAAUCAGGACUUCAGAGACAUCUGUUCCAGAAUGCAAUUUCCAGAGGUGGAUCGAUCACUUCCUCCUCUGACCAUUCACAAACAUGAUGUUGUGUUAUGGCUUGGAGAUCUAAACUACCGGUUAAAGGACAUAGAUGUGGAGAAAGUAAAGAAACUUAUUGAAAUUAAGGACUAUAAAUCCAUCUAUGAGUUUGAUCAGCUGAAUCAGCAAAGGGAAGAAAAUGCAGUGUUUGAUGGUUUCACGGAAGGAGAGAUAAACUUUCAGCCAACAUACAAAUAUGAUACUGGUUCUGAUGAGUGGGAUACAAGUGAAAAGUGCCGUGCUCCUGCCUGGUGUGAUCGCAUACUCUGGAAAGGCAAACACAUAAAGCAGCUGGAUUAUCAAAGUGUUAUGAGCUUAAAAACAAGUGAUCAUAAACCAGUCAGCUCUGUUUUCAAUAUUGGGGUAAAAGUGGUUAAUGAAGAGCUAUAUAGAAAAACAUUCGAGGAAAUUGUCCGUUCCUUGGAUAAAAUGGAGAAUGACUGCAUUCCUUCAGCUACACUUUCUCAGAGAGAGUUUCACUUCAAGGAUGUGAAGUACAUGCAGCUACAGGUUCAGACAUUCACCAUUCAUAAUGAUGGACAAGUGGCAUGUCAGUAUGAGUUCAUAAGUAAGUUGGAUGAGCCUUCUUACAGUAAACAGUGGCUCCGAGCUAAUCCAAGCAAAGGAUUCCUAACACCAGGCUCAGAAGCGCAAAUAGAACUGGAGUUGUUUGUAAAUAACCAAUCAGCUGCCCAACUCAAUUCUGGUGAAGAAAAAUUAGAAGAUAUUUUAAUCCUCCACUUGGAUAGAGGAAAGGACUUUUUUCUCUCGGUGACUGGAAAUUAUCUGCAUAGUUGCUUUGGAUCCUCCAUUCAAAUGAUGUGCCAUAUGAGAGAACCUAUCAGAGAUAUGUCUCAAGACGCAAUCCAUGAAUUGGCACGUAUGCCUCUUCAAAUGAAGGAUAACUUUGUUGGUGCAGAAAAACCAUUGGAUAUUCCAAAAGAGCUGUUCAUGAUGGUUGACCAUUUGUAUCGGAACGCAUCACAACAGGAAGACUUGUUCCAACAGCCUGGAUUAAGAUCAGAAUUUGAAGCCAUCAGAGACUGCUUAGACACAGGAUUUCCAGAAUCUAUUCCUGGAAGCAACCAUUCUGUUGUUGAGGCCUUACUGCUCUACUUGGAGGGUCUUCCUGAGCCUGUGGUUUGUUAUCAUUUAUAUAACACCUGUCUGCAGUUCGCUGGAGAUUAUAGCCACAGUAAAGAGGUUAUUUCCAGGUUACCACUGCACCACAGAAAUGUCUUCAACUACCUGAUAUCUUUCUUGCGAGAGCUGCUGAGCAACUCAUUACAGAACCAUCUAGAUAUUAACAUUUUAGGUAACAUGUUUAUUGUCAGUGUUAUUUUGUUUUGUUCAGUGUAA